AUGAUUUUCUCAAGAGACUCCGAAGGAGCUUGUAUUGUUGCAUGGACAGAGAUACUAGAAGACACUCACCACCCACCAGAAAUGACAGAAGCGAGCUCUAUAGUUUCAUCUCAGUUUCGGAUACGCUUUCAGACACGUUUCUACCACAACCCGCAUGGUACUCUAUGUCGCAGGCAGAGCUUCCAUGGGUGA